GCUUAUAUUAAUUUCUAAUUUUUCAAUUAAUAAUUGUUUCAGAUUAAGCUUGAUUGGGGAAGUAUUUGGAUUACUAUGGGAUGACGUUCCUCCGCUUUGACUACUAUGAGUAGACUGUGCACUAGAUGUAUUUGAAGUAUAUCCUAAUGCUCCAUUGGAUAUCGAAUGGCUAUGUCCAUGCCCAUGGCUAUUUCCAUAUUGAUUGAGGUGUUUUUGAUCCUUCUACUGUCGAUAAUAUCAUGUAUAAUACUUUUUGGGGAUUCACCUAAUCUACGCAACUCUUUCAUCCAUAGGUUAAGAGGACGAAUCAUUGAAGUAUUUGGUCUGGCUGUCAAAUACUUUAAUUAUCUUGAUCAAAGAUUAGAUAAUAAGCUAUUGUCAUACUUGAAUUGGCUAAUACCAAUAUUUUAUUUAUCAAUUGUAACAUUUUGUUUCCAUUUGUUUUUCAAAAAUGUAUAUUUUGAAUUGCCAAAGUAUAUACUAAGUUCCACGAGUCAUUCCUUUUAUAUUGCGUUUACAAUCAUUCUAGUUUAUAUAUCUAGUGCUCUAGCUAUUUUUUCAAACCCUGGUAAGAUAACGCCUGGCAAUGUUGUUCAAGUCAAUAAUCAAUUUGUUUUCAAUAAUUUGAUUUUCUUCCCUAACAGAAAAUGUCAUACUUGCAAAUUGAUAAAGCCGGCUAGAUCCAAACAUUGUUCUGUUUGUAAUCAUUGUGUGAUGUUGUUUGAUCAUCAUUGUAUAUGGGUUAAUAAUUGUAUUGGUUUUUAUAAUUACAAGUGGUUUUUCUUGUAUUUGAUUGCAAAUAUUAAUUUAUUAACGUAUGGUGGUUAUAUUUGUUUUAAAAUGCUUAAAAGUCAUAAAAAUCAUUUAAAUUAUUGGGAUUUGAUCACUAGAACAAAUGAAUCAAAUCGAAUAGCCGGGAUUUUCGUUAUUCUUUGUUCAACCUUUGUCUUUAUCACCUCCUUAUUUACCGGUCUUCAUUUGAGAUACAUCUAUUUGGGUGUGACAACGAAUGAGUUGGAUAAAUGGAGUGACAUCGAGUAUCUCGUCAAAUUGGGAGUCUUGUAUUAUAUUGAGGAAUUGAAAACUUAUGUUGAGAAAGCAUCACUUAAUCAAACUGGAUCUUGUGACCCAAGUGUUAAUGAAACUGUGUUCAUAAACAUUUCAAAUGAUCUGAUUCUCUGUACCUUGAAUGACUCAAAGAAUUACCAUAUAAGAAAAGUUCAAUCAGUUGAAAAUGAUCUAAUUAAUAUUUAUGAUCGAGGGUUUUUCAAUAAUAUUAAAGAAAGGUUAUUCACCUAG